CACCCCACCCCCACCCCCACCGUCUCCAGUCACACCAACCAUGUCGGACCUCGAACCAGCCUCAGGCCCCAAGGUGGCCCAGCCCACGCCACGCCACAGCUCCAUCGAGGUGUGGAAGAAGGGGGGCCGCCUGCUCUCGGUGCUCAUCGCCUUCAACGUGAUGCUGCUGGCGUGCACGCUCAUCACGGGCGGCGCCUUCAACAAGGUGGCCGUCUAUGACAAGGACGUCUUCGCGCUGCUCACCACCAUGAUGCUCCUCUCCUUGCUCUGGCUCCUGUUCUACCUGCUGUACUCCGCGCGGCGCGGCGACGCUGUCCCCUACCGCGACGUGCAUGCCGGCCCCAUCUGGCUCCGAGGAGGGCUGGUGCUGUUUGGUGUCUGCACGCUUGUCAUGGAUGUCUUCAAGACCGGCUACUACUCCAGUUUCAUCGAGUGCCAGUCGGCCAUCAAGAUCCUGCACCCUGUCAUCCAGGCCGUGUUUGUCAUUGUGCAGACAUACUUUCUGUGGGUCUCUGCUAAAGACUGCAUCCACAUCCACCUGGAUCUGACCCGGUGUGGUCUCAUGUUUACACUGACCACCAACCUGGCCAUCUGGAUGGCGGCCGUGGUGGACGAAUCGGUACACCAGGCUCAUUCCUACAGCAGCUCUCACAACAACGUGACCCACAACCACCUGGGCCCCAACUACCGUUCAGCCAGCCAGGCUGAAGGAGACCCCUGCCCCUGCAACACGGUCAUCUGCCAGGUCUUCCAGCAGGGCUACUUCUACCUGUACCCCUUCAACAUCGAGUACAGCCUCUUCGCCUCCACCAUGCUCUACAUCAUGUGGAAGAACGUGGGCCGGCUGCUGGCGCCCUCCUACAGCCACAGCCACAUGCCCUUCCGGGUCAGCCUCUUCCGGGAGACGUUUUUCCUGGGCCCCGUCCUGGGCCUGUUUCUCUUCAUGGUGGGGCUGGCUGUCUUCAUCAUCUACGAGGUCCAGGUGAGCGGCGAGGGCAGCCAGAUCCAGCAGGCCCUGGUUAUGUACUACAGCUUUAACAUCAUCUGUCUGGGACUCAUGACCCUGGUCAGCCUAAGCGGCCUGGUCAUCAACCGCUUAGACCGCCGGACCAUGGACCAGCACAAGAACCCCACGCGCACGCUCGACGCGGCCCUGCUGAUGGGGGCCGCCCUGGGCCAGUAUGCCAUCUCCUAUUACUCCAUUGUGGCUGUGGUGGUGGGUCUGCCCAAGGACCUGCUGGGGGCCCUCAACCUGGCUCACGCCCUGCUCCUCAUCGCUCAGCACACCUUCCAGAACGUGUUCAUCAUUGAGAGCCUCCACCGCGGGCCGCCCAUGGACGAGCCUCAGGGGGGGCCCUGCCACGGCCUGGCCUUCACCCACCUGGACGCCUUGCCCGCCUGUCCGACCACUCCCAGAGUGGUGGGCCCCAGUCCCACCGGCCCUCAGGAAUCAGAGGCCAUCAUCCUGGCUCCCCAGGGCCACUGGAGGCGCCGGUGCCUGAAGGACAUUGCUUUGUUCCUCCUGCUCUGUAAUGUCAUCCUGUGGAUCAUACCUGCCUUCGGCGCCCGCCCUCACUUCAGCAACACGUUGGAAGUGGACUUCUACGGCUACGGACUCUGGGCGGCCAUUGUCAAUAUCUGCCUGCCCUUCGGCAUCUUCUACCGUAUGCAUGCUGUCUCCAGCCUGCUGGAGGUCUAUGUGCUGUCCUGAGCCAGCAGGCACCCUCCCUGCCACACCCGGAACCCCUCCUGUGAUGAAACCCAGGCCACAGACGUCCCACGCUGCCACCCAUGCCCUGCUUGCUCCCCAGUGGAACAUGCACACAAGCUACCUUUCCAAGAUGCAUUUUAAAAUCAUCAUCAGGACAUGCCCACCUCAGAAGAGCCCUGGGGCAUCAGGCAACCACCACAGAGGGGACCCUUGCUGGGACCAGGCAAGAGCCGGAAGCCCAGCUCAGGGGCCACUCCCAACCCCAGAGCUGUGGUCAAGCCAGGCCACUGCCUGAUGUUGGGGA